AUGCGUAUCAACCGACAGUGUUGCAUUUACUGUGUUGGAUUUCGCUACUACAUAUACUGUGCACCCCCCCCCCCCACCUGUCUCCUGGCCAGGGGGCACUCCCUUUUACCACAUACAGGUGUGUGUGUGCAGUACACACCUGUACUGACAAUCGUAAAUGCAAAGCCCGUGCUUGCACUGGUAUUGGAAUGCUGGCAAUGUACGUGUGCAUUCAGAAAUCCCUGCUGGUGUUUACACGUGUCCAGCAGCUACCACGCAUUGCUGUAUACAUUGCUGUACACAUUGCUGUGUAUUUUCUCGGUCUGGAUGCGGCGAUGGCGCUACAGUACAUGCCAUCCCUAUCUUCGUAAUAUCUUUAGAGCACGAACGGGAAUAAGGCAUGCAGUACGCGAAACGCAAAUAAAUACACCACCCCCAUCAUCGAGUGGGUUUUCAUGA